AUGUGCUUUGAUGUUAUCAUCACAUCCUUAUCUUCUUACAGAACCCAAAAUGCGGUACACGAGGAUGGUGCUACGAACCUUUACUCGUUCGACCAAACUGCGGAUGGCAUGCAGGUCCACUCCAAUAAGAUAUUGCAGAUGACGGAAAAUGUGCAAUGUUGUAAAUGUCGAAAAAGGUGGCAACUCGCUAUUCUGGCAAACAUCGGUUUCAUGAUCGUAUUUGGAAUUCGCUGCAACUUCGGCGCAGCUAAGAAUCACAUGUUCAAGAACUAUACUGAUCCGUGGGGACACCACCAUAUACAUGACUUCAAUUGGACUCGCGCCGAACUGAGUGUUAUGGAGAGUUCUUUCUUCUAUGGUUAUCUUGUCACGCAAAUUCCGGCCGGAUUUCUUGCUGCUAAAUAUCCGCCAAACAAGCUCUUUGGAAUCGCCAUUGGCACAGCCUCAUUCCUCAACGCUUUUCUCCCAUAUGCUUUCAAUACUAAGAGCGAUACUUUGGUGGCCAUCAUUCAGAUAGCGCAAGGGCUUGUGCAGGGAGUCGCAUUCCCAUCCAUGCACGGUGUUUGGCGCUUCUGGGCCCCACCUUUAGAACGAUCAAAGCUGGCCACAACUUCAUUCACUGGCUCCUAUGCAGGAGCAGUACUUGGCCUCCCUGUAUCCGCUUGGCUUGUAUCGUACAUUAGCUGGAGCGCUCCUUUCUACCUCUAUGGUAUUUGUGGCUGUAUAUGGGCAGUGUUCUGGUUUUCUUUGACAUUCGAGAAGCCCGCCUUCCAUCCAACAAUUUCACUUGAAGAGAAAAAGUAUAUAGAAGAAGCGAUAGGGCAUGUGUCGAACACACAUCCUACUUUUCACACAGUUCCGUGGAAGGCAAUCCUCACGUCAAAGCCAGUGUGGGCAAUCAUCGUAGCGAACUUCGCCAGAAGCUGGACAUUCUAUCUACUUCUGCAAAAUCAACUUACUUAUAUGAAGGAGAAGCUGGACAUGAAUAUCAACGAUUCUGGGAUGCUCGCAGCAUUACCGCAUGCCGUCAUGGGUGUAGUCGUGUUAUUAGGAGGACAAUUAGCGGAUUACUUGCGAUCCCACAAAAUCUUAUCAACAACGGCUGUUAGGAAACUUUUUAACUGUGGAGGUAGGCGAGAUUUGAACGUACAUUCUUGA